CGGGAACCUCAACCUCAUAGGCUCUGUUCCUCACUCCUCCUUAAGUGCACUCUCCCAAAAAUAUGGACCCGUUAUGCAUCUCAGGCUAGGCUUAAAACACUUUGUCGUCGUAUCCUCCGCCGGCGUUGCCGAAGCCUUCCUCAAAACCCACGGCCACACUUUCUCAUCCAGACCAAAAGCCACCGCCGGAAAGUACGCAGCCUACAAUUACUCCGAUAUUCUCUGGGCCCCUUACGGCCCACAUUGGCGCCAAGCCCGCAAGAUAUGCUUCACACAAUUAUUAUCUCAGAAGAGCAUAGAAUCCAGCGAGUACAUCAGAAAGGAAGAGAUGAAAACUAUGCUGAAGGAACUGUUCAUUUCUUCGGGCACGACCGUAUUACUGAAGGAUUACCUUUAUAGUUUAAACCUGAAUAUUAUAAGUCGCAUGGUGUCGGGGAAGAAGUACGUGGAGAAGGGGCAAAGUGGCUUUGUGAGCUGGGAAGAGUUCAGAAAACUGGUGGAUGAGUUUGUCUUGAUCAAUACUGGGGUUGCGAAUAUUGGGGAUCUGAUACCUUGGCUCAGUUUCUUGGACUUGCAGGGUUAUAUAAAGAGAACGAAGGAUUUCAGUGUGAAGUUUGAUAGGUUUCUGGAACAUGUGUUAAAUGAGCACGAAGAAAGAAGGAAAGGUGUUGAGAAUUAUGUGGCCAAGGACAUGGUGGAUUUGCUUUUAAAGCUCGCUGAAGAUCCCACUCUUGAGGUCAAGCUUGAAAGGAACAGUGUCAAAGGAAUAACUCAGGACCUUUUGAUAGGUGCGAUAGAUACCUCAGCAGCAACUAUGGAAUGGGCAAUGUCUGAGCUAUUGAAAAACCCAGAAAUCUUAAGGAAGGCCACAGAAGAGUUGGAGAGAGUGAUCGGCCGAGACAGAUGGGUAGAAGAGAAAGACAUAGUGAACUUGCCUUACAUUGAAGCUAUUUUCAAAGAAACAAUGAGAUUUCACCCUCCAGCACCUGUGUUGCCUCCGAAGACGUCAUCCAUAGAUGGCGACUCCAAAGUUUUAGGGUAUGACAUCCCAAAGGGGACCCAAAUUAUCGUUAAUGUGUGGGCUAUUGGUAGAGAUCCUGCAACAUGGGACAACCCUAAUGAGUUUUACCCGGAGAGGUUCAUAGGUAAAGAUAUUGAUGUAACAGGACACCACUUUGAGUUAUUACCAUUUGGGGCCGGAAGAAGGAUCUGCCUUGGUUAUCCUCUUGCACUUAAGGUUGUUCAUGUAAGCUUGGCCAAUUUGGUGCAUGGCUUCUCAUGGAGCCUGCCGGAUCAUAUGAAGAAGGAGGACCUAAACAUGGAGGAAAUUCCUAGGCUUACUAGUGUCAGAAAACAACCACUUGAAGCUGUCAUUAAGCCUAGACUUUCAUCUCAUGAUCUUUACCUCUAAUGAUUAUAGAUAAUAAGCAAGGAAAAUAACGCUGUAAGGACUCAUAAUAAGAUACCAAGUCAAAUUAAUGAGAACCUUAUCAACUGGCGUCAUUAACUUAGUGCAGGAUAAUGUUUCCAUUUUAUUUUAUAUAUAUACACUGUGUUUGGGGCGCACGUGUGUGCGCGUGCCAGGGACUGCUAGUAUUACAAAUGGAAAAUUUUUAA